AUCUCCAUCUUGGUGUUUUAUUGUGCAAGACUUACGAGUGCAUCAGUUGUGUUUACUUGUCCAAGACCCACGAACAUAACAGUUUCAGAAGUGGGAUCUGCUCACAAUGUCUGGACCAUAUAUUGAUGGUUUAGGGCAACGUAAACGAAAGCGCAGCAAGUCAAGCAGCUCGGAAGACGAAAAUACCGACAAUUUUUUCUUAGAAGACCGUCGCCCGAGCAAAUCUUGCAACAAAAAAAGACACGUGGCCCCCAGCGAUGCCGAAGUCAUUCCCAAAUUUCGUCCGGAAGACAGCAACAGCAACGUGAUUGCGUGGCUUCACAAAAUAGACCAGCUUGGUGACGUGUACGGGUGGGACCACACUGAUCGCACAUUCAUAAUGCAACUUCGGCUACGUGGCUCCGCUCGAGAAUGGUAUGACGAUCUCGAAGACUAUGACCUGACAUGGGACGAGUGGAAGGAGAUGUUACGGACCGCUUUCCCACGAUCUACUGACUACGUGGACAAAUUGGAACGCAUGCUGGGAAGGACUAAAGACGAUAAAGAGACUAUGACGAAAUACUAUCACGAAAAAUUAUCAUUACUAAAGAAAUGCAACAUUACCGGUGAGGAUGCUAUUUCGUGUAUAAUUCGGGGACUGCCCCCUGAAUUGAUAGCCAACGCUAAAGCUUAUAGUUGCGACACUCCCGAACAACUAUAUUAUGGCUACCUUUCAUCCCUGGAAAAUUUCAAAAGAGUGGAAACCUAUACAACUCGGAAGUCUGUGUGGAAAAGAGGAACCAGCAAUAGUACACCAGGUUCAACGACAACGCGCCAGCUGCAGCCAAAGAUAUGUUAUACGUGCCGACGGCCGGGCCAUGAGGCACGGGACUGCAGGCAACAGCAACACUGUGACAACUGUCGACGCAGCGGCCACACUACGGCGGCUUGCUGGUUUGGCGCCGGGAGUGCCGGGACAUCACGACUCCAACAACAUAAGGACUCCGGGUUCAGCACUGAAGCGCAGCAGAAUGUGAGCCGUGGGACACGACCUACACAGGAUGGCCGAAUGUUACCAACCUCUCAAUAGCCUCGCAAGGGAUGUGACGUAUUAUUAUGGAUACUUACCUUAUAAAUACAUAAUUACAUUCUGAUUAUUCCUACAUCCAAUAAUUAGCACUGUUAUUAGUAAACUGUAAUUAUUUUGAAUCCUAAAAUGUAAUUAAUCGAUAAUUGACUCUCAAUGGUGAAAUGUAUAAAUAGGGUAGAAUAUUAUAAAAUUAAUCAUACUUUAUUCAACUGUUGAUUAGGGCGUUACUCUGCGCAUUAAAUACUGUGUGUUGAUCUCCA